AUGUCCGGGCGCGGCAAACAAGGAGGCAAGGCGCGUGCUAAGGCUAGAUCCCGGUCCUCUCGAGCUGGUUUGCAGUUCCCGGUGGGCCGGGUUCACCGCCUGCUCCGGAAGGGCAACUACGUCGAUCGUAUCGGGGCCGGUGCACCCGUGUAUCUGACUGCGGUGCUUGAGUACCUGACGGCUGAGAUUUUGGAGCUGGCGGGCAAUGCUUCUCGAGACAAUAAGAAGACGCGCAUCAUUCCCCGCCACUUGCAGCUGGCCAUUCGAAACGACGAGGAGCUCAGUAAGCUGCUGGGAGGGGUGACCAUCGCGCAGGGGGGCGUGCUGCCCAACAUCCAGGCCGUGCUGCUGCCCAAGAAGACCGAGAGCCACCACAAAGGGCAGAGUAAGUGA